UCGUAGUUGUCGAGUCGUGUGGAAUGCGUGUUGGUUGUUCACGCUUCGUUUAAAGUGCGUCUGAUAGCGCCAAUAUUCUCGCACGAGUGUAUUAAAAACGAAACAAAAACAGUGUGAAUAUAGUUACAAAGAGAAAAAUUGUGUCUUUCUGUCGUAAUGAACGAUCUUUUAAAUACUUUACUGGAUUUUAAAGAAGAAAAUUGAAGGUCCAUCAGAGUGCAGUUGUGAAAGUUUACACGAUGUCAAAUUUUCAACGAACAAGAAGCAAAGUGUGGUGGGGUGAUUCACCGCCUAAUGUAGGCAGCCCCGUAGCUGAACCAGGCUGGAACCAAAACAAUCGUCGGGAAGAUCAAGAUUGGGAGCCACAGCUGCCGCAUUGGAUCGCCAAUCAGGCUGAACAAAGGAACAAUAGUGAUGAUAACAUUGCCAGAGCGAACAAUGCUCCCAACCAGUGGCCCCUGCGGCACGGCAGCCCCGGCAGCCAUAAGAGUCAAGAUUCCGGCUUCUCAGACUCCGAUAGUUCACCACCGACAUCUCAGUAUUAUUCGUCUCCAGACAACUCAGAUAAAAAUAAAUCGUCUUGUAGUAGUGAUUCUAACAAUAAUGAAAAUAUUACAGUUAAACAAGCGAUAGACUUCCAGAAUACUUUACAGAGUAAAGAUGUUGUUGAUAGUUCGAAAUUAUUUAACAAUAAUUCAGAAGCACCUACUCCAAAACCUCGUUUACGAAGUAGUAGUGUAAUACAAACUCCUUACGACUUACAAAAAUAUUGUGAAGUACAUCAUGAUGAGGAACAUUUACAAUUGCUUAAAGAUAAAGAAAAUGAGGAUACAAGUAAAUAUCCUACUCCAAAGAAUAUUAAUACUGCAUCCCAGAAGGAUACCGCGAAAAGAACUAUAAAUAAAACGUUGAGUGAGAAUGCUAAUAAAUCUAUUAAUAAUAAAGUGUCUCCAAAUAACUUAAACAGUAUUGAAAAUACCGUAAGUGCAAUACACAAUGAUACCAAAGAUAUUCCCAUAAAAAAUUUAAAUAUUCUAAGCCCAUCCAAGAAAUAUCCUCCGAAGAAAUUUGUUUCCAGUACUGAUAGUGAUAGCACUAAAAUAAGUAAAGUAGCAACUGUCAAAGAUUUAGAAACAAGUAAAAAUAAAUCCGAUGACAGUUUAGAAUAUAUAAAAUUAUCCCAUAACAAUGAAAUUGCUGUUAACAAUCAACCAAGAGUACGGACACCUAUAUCCAAUGUAUCAUAUGUACCCACCGAAAGAAUUUUGGCAGCAAAACCUGAAUAUAAACGAAGUAUGUCUCAAGAAGAUGAUUUACCAAUUACAAGCACUCCUAAAUUCCAGAGGAAUAGAUUAAACCAAUCGUUAAAUUUUGAAGCACAACGCCUUGAUCAACAAAUAUUAGAUAUUCAAGAAGGAUAUCACUCCCUGGGUUACAUUGAUGAAGAUGAUUUAGAGCCUGUAAAGAAACAAUAUCCCAAAGAGCAGAUACAUAAGCCAACAAAGACUUUAUUAGGAAAAAAUAUACUUGAUAGUCUACACUUGAAACCAUCCAAAAAAGCAGGACCUAAAGCCAAACAAAGGGUUGCAGCGAAGGAAAAAUCAAAGGAGUUAAAAAUAUUUUCUUCUAAAAAGGACAAAUCACCCGUUGUCCAAAGUCACGCUGGAGGUAUUUUAGAGGGAAGUAGAGUACCAUCGUUGGGUCUACCGAGAACUAAAGAACAAGAUUCAUGGGUAAUUGUAGGUCAUCCAGUAAAAGAAAUGCUUAUACCGCAUUAUAAUGAACGGCUUGUAGCCACCGAGAGUGAUAUCAAUCUUCAAACCAGAGACAAUACUAAUAGCAAAGAUAGAUCUUUGAAACAAAGAAAAGUAACUCCACCUUUAGAAUUUCAAGACAAACAAAAAAUACCCUACGAUGCAAAUACAAAAGAAAACAAUAACUUAACGCAUGAUUCGAAAAGAGAGAAAUUAAAAGACGACGAAAUGAAUUUCUUAGACUUGCAAUUAGAUCUGGCAUGUUCAUCUACACCAAAAAUGUUAGCGCCACAAGACUACAUGAAUGGCGUCCGAAAUAGUAACAAAAAUAAUGUGCGUAGAGUGAAUCUUUUAGAAAACUUCAAUAGCGGGCUGGUUAUGAACAAUCAGAACGAGAUAUUGUACAGAGAAAGGAGUAUAGAUCAGACGACGUUGGAGAGGCUGUGCGAUCGGAGGCCGGAGCCGGUCCAGUAUUGGUUGUGCGACUUGGUCGGCUCUUGUGAGAACGAAUGUAUGACAACACUGCAGAGCAAGCCCUUGGGUGCGGAGAUGAAAGCGAUGGUAUCCGCUAGCUCGGCGACUAUUACUGGCAACAUUAAAAAAGUCCAGACGCACGGACAGAUAAUCGUGCAUCAAUAUAGCGAUGUGUUAAGGCAAAUGGAAGCGAAGAAAACGAGCGAGGAACAAAUAUGUUUAUUGGUAGCAAAUAUAAAUGAGUUCGUAUUAGCUCACAGUAUAACUCUCAAUACAAAACCGCCCGGGGAAACCCCGGAGCGGUGGGACAAAAUAAAAGUAUCUUUGCAGAUGUACUUGCAAAAGUUAAUAGAUAUAGGGGAAGAUGUAAAGAUUGAAUUGAACGAAUCAAAUCCAGAAUGGACUUUGGUUGACAAACAUUUGGAUACGUUGAUUGGAAUCUUUCUAGAAACUACGAAAGCGGUGCUGGUGCAACAGAUGAAGACUCUAGUAUCAAUAAUAGAAGAACCACCAUCCGACUUGAUACUAAAAAGCACGCUCACAUCCAUCGGGCAUCUAGCUAUGUUAAGCGACAACCCCGAGAACAAUCUUCACGAAAAAUGCUCAAAAAUCAUAAAGAGCAUAACAGAUCUACCGUUCGUAGACUGCGGGGUGCCCAGGGCUCUGCUGACGGCCAUUAUUGAGUCUAACAAGAGCUCGGUUAAAGCCCUAUCUCUUCGCGCCUUAGCCACGGUGUGCGUUACGGCGGAAGCGAUCAAGCAAUUCGAAGAGGGUGGUGGUAUAGAGAUCCUGUCCGACAUUUUAUCUGACCAAUCGAACCCAGAACCACAAAUGCGGGAAGCGAUCACGGUUCUCACUCAGAUCACGGCACCGUGGUUACGGGGCCACCAUGAUCUGACCCAGCUUCAUGUUUAUUUGAACACCAUUGUGGAUAAUAUUACUGCUAUUCUUUCUCGAACAGAGUGUUGUCAGCUGCUGUUAUUAUGCACAGCAUGUCUUGUGAACCUCGUACGGGAACUAGAAUUGGAGAAAGAGGAACAAAUAAACUGUGACAUCAUAGAAGUUAUCUCUCGACAUCGCACUGUCGAGCGGCUUCUUGAUGCAGUCAAACGCAGGGGUCCAAAUAUUUCUGUGUUCCUACAGGAGCAAACAGCCUCCCUCCUCGCAUCCCUUUCCCGCGUCACCCGCUACCUCCUCCAACUCUCCACUAUACCGGCCGCUAGUGUAGCACUGGUGUGUUUCACACGAGCUGCGCCUGCGCAUGCCCCGAGGGCGGCUGAGUUGCGCGCGCAGCACAGGUUGCAUUGUCACGCUGUGGAGGCUAUUUCUAGACUAGUCGUGGUCCCAGACGUUUCCCAUCAAAUCGUCCAACUGGAAGGCAUUCCGCAUCUUACCCGUCUGGUUAGGAUGCAGCGAACGCGGCCCCACGUCGAGUCCAACCCGGACCAGACGCUCAUACACUGCCUCAAAGCGCUCAGGACUCUAUACAAACACCACCCAGACGCUUUCAAAGAUUACCAGAAAGAUGUUGACGAAAUGAUCAGACCGCAUCUUAUGGAAUCGCUCAUGACAUUCUCGGCGAAGCAAGAAAGCUACGUGUAGAGUUUUAGUAGAGCGCCAUCUAUUGGCGGAUAGCUUUGGAGACUGAGUUUUUACUACUAGCAAUACUUUGACAAAUAUCAUUUUUAAUUUUCUGAGUUAUUAAAAAAAAGACAAUUUUUAU